AUGGCGGUGUGGACGCGCGCCGCCAAGGCGGGGCUGCUGGAGCUGCUGCUGCGGGAGCGCUGGGUGCGGGUGGCGGCGGAGCUGAGCGGCGAGGCGCUGAGCCUCACCUCGGAGCCGCCGCCCGAGCCCGCGGGGCCGCCCAACGGGCUGCCCAACGGCGCCGAGUGGGGCGCGGCGGGGGGCGGCCCGGAGCCCCGCCCGCUCUCGCCGCCCCCGGCCGAGCCGGCGCCGCCGGGCGUGCGGCGGGUGCGGGUGGUGAAGGCCGAGGCGGGCGGGCUGGGCAUCAGCAUCAAGGGCGGGCGCGAGAACCGCAUGCCCGUGCUCAUCUCCCGCAUCUUCCCGGGGCUGGCGGCCGAGCGCUGCGGCGCCCUGCGGCUCGGGGACGCCAUCCUCUCGGUGAACGGCACCGACCUGCGCGACGCCACCCACGACCAGGCCGUGCAGGCGCUGAAGCGGGCCGGCCGCGAGGUGCUGCUGGAAGUGAAGUUCAUGCGGGAAGUGACUCCCUACAUUAAGAAGCCGUCGCUGGUGUCAGACCUCCCGUGGGACGGGGCAGCUCCCCAGUCACCGAGCCUGAGUGGCAGUGAGGACUCCGGCUCCCCGAAGCACUACAAUGGCACCAAAGACAGGAAGGUGAUCCCUCUGAAAAUGUGCUUCGCCGCCAGGAACUUGAGCAUGCCGGACCUGGAGAACAGGUUGAUAGAGCUGCACUCACCAGACAGCAGAAACACCCUGAUCCUGCGGUGCAAAGACACAGCGACAGCACACUCCUGGUUCACGGCCAUCCACACCAACAUCAUGGCCCUCCUCCCUCAGGUGCUGGCUGAACUCAAUGCCAUGCUAGGUGCCAACAAUGCCACUGGAAGUAGCAAGGAGGUCAAACACAUCGCUUGGCUGGCGGAACAGGCUAGACUAGAUGGAGGAAGGCAGCAGUGGCGGCCCAUCCUCAUGGCUAUGACAGAGAAGGACUUGCUGCUCUAUGAUUGUAUGCCCUGGACAAGAGACGCAUGGGCAUCACCUUGCCAUAGCUACCCUCUUGUUGCUACCAGGCUGGUUCACUCUGGCUCCGGGCGCAGAUCACCUUCUCCGGGAUCCGAGCUCACCUUUGCAACGCGGACAGGCUCUCGCCAGGGCAUUGAAAUGCACGUUUUCAGGGUGGAGACGCAUCGGGACCUCUCCUCCUGGACCAGGAUGCUAGUUCAGGGCUGCCAUGCUGCUGCGGAGCUGAUAAAGGAGGUGUCCGUAGGCUGCAUGUUGAAUGGCCAGGAGGUGAAGCUCACAGUCCAUUAUGAAAAUGGAUUCACUCUCUCCAGGGAGGAGGCAGGCUCCAGUCGCACCCUGUUCCUCUACCCCUUUGAGAAGCUUAGAGUGUCUGCAGAUGAUGGCAUCAGGAACCUCUACUUGGAUUUUGGUGGCCCUGAGGGGGAGCUGACCCUGGACCUGCACUCCUGUCCCAAACCCAUUGUUUUUGUGUUGCACACUUUCUUGUCAGCCAAAGUCACCCGUAUGGGACUGCUUGUGUAAGAGGUGAAGGGUCCCAACAGCUCCGAACAACACAUCUACUGUCCCAGCAGCAAAAAAGCACAAAAGACCCUAGUUUGUGGUGUCCUCCUGCAGUACCAGUGCCUUGACAAAGACUGUCUCAUGCCAGAACCAUGACAGUGUGGAAGGAAGCUCCUGCCCUCCUCAGAGCCAUAGCCAGAAACUCCAUCCUCUCCACAAUCCCCUGGAAUAACUGCUCCACCUGCCUAGAAAAUGCUGAGGCCAGGCUGCUGCUGGUAGCUGAAGUGGUUCUCGCAUUCUCCCUUUCCAGCCACUUCCUGGCUGCUGGCAAUUUCAGACAUUCUUCUUCCUGACACCCCUGGGAUUCGAUUGUCGCCCUGAAGACUCGACGUAAAGCCGAGCAUCCGGCACUCAUCUGUUGCAAGAAGAGCCAUUGGCAUGGGGCUGUGAGGGGGGAGCUGGUUAGGGUAGGAACUGUAAUCAAUCCGUAUGACGUCUUUUUUUAUUGCUUACCAACUGUGCCUUCGGCGUAAGGUGGGUGGGGCUUUACUGGAGCUGGGGAUGAGGAGACUGGGAGUUCAGCACUGGUCGCUCUGGACGAGCAUUCCAUGAGCCCCCGCCCUCGGCUCGUUCCAAGCUGCCCGGCCUCCCCUAGGAGAAGUGAACUGUUGCAAAGAUGGACUUGCGGCUGUGCGGCAGCUCUCAUGGGGUCAUGUAGGCGAGGCUGAGUUUGCUGAGGAUUCCUCCUGGAGGGAGGGGGACUCUUCUGAGAGCUGGUGAAUCCUGCCUCUUCCUUUUGCAGUCGAUAAAUAUUAGGGGAGGGUACGCAGUACACCCUUCACUGUGGCUUCUGACCCUAGUCACCGAGCCAGAGGAGGGGUCUCUGAACGACUGACCCGGCUCCCUCUGUUGCCACAAAGCCACCUUCCCAGGGAUCCUUGGUAAGGAAGAGGCCUGUCCUUCUCACUAGCCAGUGGGAUGGAUAGUCAGGGAGAUUUCAGUCACUUUUCUGACUUGCUUUGGGCACCUGGAAACAUCCUAAAUACAGAGCACUUGGUGCUUUUUGCUGAUGCUUCUUACUGAGGCCCCCGAUGGUCAAAUGCGACAGGACAGAUGCCACAUGGCUGGAUCGGAGGCACCGAAAGGCCAGGUGGUUGCGUGGUCCGAGAUGAGCUGUAAUGUGAAAAGCAGCUGAUGCCCUAUAGUAAUGCACACAGCCUCUGGGCCUGGCAACUUCCUUCUGAGACCCUAGCAGCACCCUCUCCUUUCCUAGUGCUGGGCUGCCUGUCUCCCUCAGCCUGUGCUAAGCCCCUGUGCCCAGGUGUGCGUGCUGCAGGGAGGUGGGUGACAGGGGCCUGGGAGCCAAGGUGGGGGAGAUAGUAUCUUUUAUUGGACCUACUUCUGUGGGUGAGAGGGACCAGCUUUCAAGCCCCACAGAGCUGUGCGCAUGCUGGCACAGCCUGUCCCAUUCCUAAAGAAGGUUUUCUGAACAUCUGCAGGGCCGAGGG